AUGGCGGAUGCCAUGAGAGCCAAAGCCAGAAGGAUGAAAAGCUCUCUCUCCGAGCCUGCAGCAAGCAAUGUGGCAUCCAGGCACAAGCCGGCUCGACACCUGCCACUGCAAAUUACAAGUAUCCACCAUGAUACCCAGGCAAGAUGCCUACCCCUCCAGAUGCAACACAAGACUGCGGCUCCAGAACAGGGGCAAGCCCGAAGCGGAAGGAAGGGCUGGAGGCACAACAGGGCAGAGAGCACAACACAACACAGGCUACUGACACUCUGCAAACACCAACUUACCCUCAAGUUGCAUCGGGGAGAAGAUCUCUCAAGCACUGUAUACCUGGAAUCCCUGGGGCCGACAAAGCCCCCAGCGACAUUCUCUCUAAGAUAG